GGUUUUAAACUUGACUAAGAUUAAUCUUUCUCAAUAAAAUGUCAAUGAUAUUUCGGAAAGUCAUCAACAAGUUGCACGGAAUUACUCAUCAAGCGCUAAAAUAUUGCACAAUUGAGAAUCAAACGAAAACUCGGGAUAUCGUGCCGAUUUUAUCCAAAGUACAAUACGACAAUGAAAGCUCGUUUUAUCAAAAACCUCGGCAGGUGUGGCUGGAAAAUUUGGAUACUGUAAAGGAAAAGAAAUUGGGUUUUAUCACUUUACACCCACAUAUUUUUGCGACUACACCACGUAUCGAUAUCAUCCAUCACAACGUGAAAUGGCAAAGACUGUAUCGCUGGGUGUCCUAUGCACAUGCAAAAACACGUGCUGAGAUGAGAGGUGGUGGUAGGAAACCAUGGCCACAGAAAGGAUUGGGAAGAGCUCGUCAUGGAAGUAUUCGCUCACCAUUGUGGAAAAAAGGUGGACGCGCACAUGGUCCUCGUUCUCCUACACCACAUUUUUACAUGCUACCCUUCUACACUCGCGUGGCAGGUCUUACAUCAACUUUGUCUGUGAAACUUGCGCAAGAUGAUCUACAUAUAGUUGAUAACUUGGAGAUUCCUACAUCAGAACCUUCUUAUAUCGAGCAACUAAUACAGGAGAGGAAUUGGGGACCAUCUGUUCUCAUUGUAGAUAGCUACGACAUUAUGCCUGAAAAUAUCACACUAGCUACUGAUCAAAUAAAACAUGUUAAUCUUAUGCCUGUCUAUGGUCUGAAUGUGUAUAGCAUGCUGAAACAUAGUACUCUGGUGCUUACAGAAAAAGCAGCCAGGUUAAUAGAAGAAAAAUUGCUUUACCAAAUGAACAGACCAGAUAGCAAGCGAUUAUCAGCUUCAUUCAAACUUAGUCAACAUUAAAGAACAGCUGUUCCCAACACAAUUAACUAUUUUUUAUAUAG